UCUUUAUUGAUACACAAGAAUAUGAAGAAAAAGUUAAAAAUUAUAUGAAUAAAACAAAUGCUUAUCAAGAAAUUACCAGUGGUAUUUGUCCAUUAGCCGAUGAUUUACAUUUGGUAAUAUUAUUACUUGAUCAUUUACACGAAAGAAAGGAAAUUACUUAUGAACAGUACACAAAAAUGUAUCCAAAUUUAAAAACAUUAGAAUUAGCUCAUCUUUAUUUCAAUCUUAAAGUUCAUAAGCCUGAAAUAUCAGUUCGACCUAUUAUUGCCUCCAUCAAUGCACCAGCCAGACUAAUAUCUAGUUUCCUUGAUCAACUACUCACUCCAAUAUAUAAUUAUGUAACAAAAAAUAUUACAUUUAUCAAUAGUACAGAUCUUAUUCGAAAAUUAAAAGAAUAUGAACAAAAAGGUUAUCUUACUUCAACAACAUUAUUUGUUAUAUUUGACGUCACUGAUUUAUAUACAAUGAUACCACGUGAUGGUGCUAUUGCUGCUUUAAGACGAUUUUGUCAAAAAUAUUCAACAAAUGGAAAAAUUGGAAAUCUCAAAGUAGAAACAAUUAUUAAAUUAGCAUCUGUUGUUUUAGAUACAAAUUCAUUUGCAUAUAAAGAUAAAUAUUAUCGACAAAUUAAAGGUGGUGCCAUGGGUUCACCAUUUACUAUGGUUUUAGCCAAUAUUUAUAUGUUAGAAUGGGAACAAAAAUUAAUUCAACAUCAACAUCAACAUCAUGAAAUUUAUGGACGAUAUAUUGAUGAUGUAUUUAUGACCACAAAUUUAUCAAAAGAAGAAAUUUUACAACAACUUGAUGAAACAAUGAAAACAGAUCCAAACAUUAAAAUUACUAUUACGAUAAGUCAAACAUUAGAAUAUCUUGAUGCAACAAUAGAAAAUAAUAAUGGACAGUUAAAAACAUCAAUUUAUCAUAAAUCAUCUUCGGAACCCUAUAUUCUACCUUACGAAUCUGAUCAUCCAAGACAUAUUCAUGCCAAUAUUAUUAAUACUGCAUUAGUUCGAGCAGCACGUAUCUGUUCAACGGUAGAAGAUUUUGAUAUGGAACGAUUAAGUAUAGAAAUGAAAUUAUUAGUCAAUGGAUAUCCACCAAACUUCAUUCAACAUCAUUUCAAAAAAUUUUUUCUUCGAAAUGAUGCUAUAGAUAUAUGGACUGAAUUAAAUAGUGAAACCUAUCAAAAAUUACAUCAUACAUUACUUUACAAGCCAACAAGAAGAGAAAAUAAAAACAAUGCGCAGUCAAAUGAUCAAUUCAUUCAAAAGCAAACUAAAUAUGAACACAAAGAUCAAAUCUAUCUUCAUUAUACAUUUGAAAGUGGACCAGUACUAAGUUUUAAAAAAGAAUAUCGUAAAAUAUGGCAAAAACAUUAUGUCUAUCCAGGAUCCCGUUGCCAAAAUACACGACUUAUUCUUGGUACUUUAUUAAAUCGAACAUUACAAACUCUUUUAAUACACAAGAAACCUAAACGUGCAGUGUUGACCCUGACACAACCAAUGACACAAGCACCUGAUGGAACAGAACAAGAGCGGCUCCAUCAGUAA